GUAUAUUAGAAGAGAUGGUUUGAUUUUGAGGUUAAUCUCGAGUUCCGGAGCCGCAAAUAAAAACGUCUCUUCAGCCCUCAGCCCACUUCUACCGAGCUUAGCAACCAUGAAGAUCUCCCACACUUUGUGGAUGCUGGCGCUCUGUCUCCGGCUCGCAGGUGGUGAGAGGAUCAUUGGGGGCCAUGAGGCUCGACCCCACAGCCACCCCUACAUGGCCUUCCUGUAUAUGUUUAACAAAAGUACCCACUGUUUCUCUUGUGGAGGUUUUCUCAUUCGUGAGGACUUUGUCAUGACUGCUGCCCACUGCAAUGCCUUGAAUAUUAAUGUCAUUCUUGGGGCUCAUUCGAUCAAAAAAUCUGAAAGCACCCAGCAGAUAAAACAAGUACAGAAGCAAUUCAUUUUCCCGCAUUACCAAAAUUUACAACAUGACAUCAAGCUACUGAAGCUGAAAAGCAAGGCCAUCCUCAAUAAUGAAGUCUCACUUCUGCCGUUACCUGGGGACCAUGACAUGGCACACCCUGGCACCAAAUGUUCUGUGGCUGGCUGGGGUUCUACAAGCCGCACAGGGAACAGCAUCACAGACAAGCUGCAGGAGAUGAACGUUAUGGUCCUGCCAGAAGAAGAGUGCAAGCGGCAGUAUCCCAAGAAGUUUACCAACAACCUGAUGUGUGCUGGGGAUAAAAUGCAUGAGGCUUUUAAGGGAGAUUCCGGCGGUCCCCUGGUGUGUAACGGAGUAGCCUCAGGUGUGGUCUCAUUCACAUCUUCUAAUACUGAACUGGCCACUGUCUACACCAGAGUUUCUGCAUACAAGAAGUGGAUCGAAGAGGUUUUGAACAGCACCUGAGUUAAACAGGACUUUGGACGGGAAUGUAUUUUAAAAGGCUGUUUUAAACAUUAACAUUCAAGACAUUUACAUGGUCUGUGGGUGCUUAUCAGCCAUUUUCGUCUAUUAAUAUUUUUUUAAAAACACCAGAAAGUUGAUUUACACCUAUAAUAAAAUGAAAAGUUCUCCUGCAAA